AUGUUUGAACAGCUACCAUUCGCUGUUCUAUCCGAGAUGGUGGAAUACUUGAACCCACGAGAACGACAACGGUUCGCAGCAGCCAACCGAGUAUUGAAGGAACUCUUCCCAAUGCCACUUCGCAUCAAGAUCGCAUCCAAGUCGACCAACACUUCUCUCGAGGAAAUGUACUUUGUGUCUCUAUACAAGAGACCCAGUGCCAUUUUGUCGUGUCAUGAAGCACUAGUCUUUGAAAAAGACUACGUGCUUUGGACAUAUGAUUACACCCGGGAAAACAAGGUAUUCUUGUGCCGAAACCAUGUGGAAUGGGGAGAUACUGGCACUUUCGAGUACCUCAUCUUUUCUGUUGGACUCCGUUCUAAGGAUGCAAGACAAUCCAUCCGAAUAAUGGGAGGCAAAGCUGGACACCAAGUGCACUUUGGGGAAAAUGUCGGUGUAACCUUCGCCGGUCUCAAUGCCGACCCAACAACGGCAGAUUCCAGAUAUCGUUCCUACUUGUCUGUCCAAGCCAUUGCAGACUCUAUUCGAUGGUAUUCAAUGGUACAGGAAUGGGGCAAAGAUGAAGUAUUGCAACUGCAUCGAUGGCAAGACUAUGCUGAGGUUCCCAAGAAGAAUGAGGAACGAACACCAUCAACAACAAGCCUGACCAUUCAUGCCAUGCCAGAUAUUGCCGACGGUAUCUUCCAUUUGUUCAGUCCAAAGAGUCUAGAUCUUGGAAGCGCUUCAUCUGAAAUGGUGUAUCACAAGAUUCGAUGCAACAUGUGGAUCGAAAAAGGUUACAUUUGCGUACGCGCACUCGUAAAUUCUAUGGCGUGUUCGUUUGCUGUUCCAAUCAUUGAGACAGAUGGUCUGGAUGGUAUCCAAAACCCUGUGAAUGUGAUGAAUAUGCUUUGGAAGAAAGAUGAUGCACGAUGGGAAGGCAUCAAGUACUAUUUGGCAAUUGCAUUGGACCUCAGUUGUGGCAGGUCCUCCCGCAGCCUUUGCGACAUUUUGAAUGCGCUCGCCAGCUGCGACGAGAGCGGCACAAGUACAAUCGCACAUGAUGCCGCACGAAGUAUGGUGUAUAUGCAAGUCGACAGCUACAUUGUGACCGCAAGAGUUCCAGAUUGCGCCUGCAAUGAAAAUGAGAGGUGGGAGUGCCUUGUGUUGGAUGACAGCCACUCCUUCCCAUGGAUUCGAUGA